UGCUACCAAGUUUUCGACAGUCACCAGUUACAAAUAUCUAUUUCCAUUCUUAUUAGUUAGCUAGCUAGUCCUUUAAGAAGAAUAUGGCUGCAGCCAAAUCUGGUACUGGCAGUGGACAGAAAGACGAACCUAUUAUUCCUGUGGCGUCAACCGUCAAACCGAAAGACGAUAAGGUGAUUGAGAUUGCACAAUUUGCAGUUGUAACGUACAAUAAGCAGGCCGGGACCGAUCUGGUUUUCAUCAAUGUGGAAUUCGGCUUCUGGUGGAGCAUUUCUGGUGCCACUUACUACAUGCUUGCCAUUAAAGCUCAGGAUGAUAAGGGCACAUAUUGCGACGUAGCGUUGGUUGCUGAUAUACUGGAGAGCGGUGGUCAUCACACUUAUAAGCUCAUCUGGUACAAUCAUAAGAAAAAUGUUUGGGGUUUGCAGAAAGACCAACCUAUUAUUCCUCCGGCGACAACCGUCAAUCCGGAAGACCCUCAUGUGAUUGAGAUUGCACAAUUUGCAGUUGUAACGUACAAUAAGCAGGCCGGGACCGAUCUGGUUUUCAUCAAAGUGGAAUUCGGCUUCCGGUGGGGCAAUCUUGGUGCCACUGACUACAUGCUUGCCAUUAAAACUCAGGAUGAUAAGGGCACAUAUUGCGACGUAGCGUUGGUUGCUGAUAUAGUGGUGAGUGAUAAGUGA